GGGGGGGGGGGGAGGGGGCUGAACCCGGAAGUGGGUAGGCGCUGGAGCGAGCGCGCCCAGAGUGGAGCUCAGCGGCUGGGAGCCAGCGGGGGAGCCCUGGGUUCCCGACCAUGACACCCUCGGGCACACCCCUCCAGAAGCUGUUAUCCAAGACAAUCUAGUUUUUUUCUUUUUCUUUUUUUACAAUAAAUCCCUCAAGACACUUAUGAAGCUUCUUGUUCUGAAAUUGUUGUACUGCAAUGAAGAAAAGGAGAAAGGUUACUUCAGAUCUUGACGAGAAGAUCCAUCUAGGCUAUCGUAAAGAUUCUGCAGAAGGCAAUGUGGCAGUGGAGUGUGACCAAGUAGCCUAUGCUCAUCCCACAGAAAGACCAACUCCUGAAGCUCUUCACUGUUAUCAGGAACUUCCUCCCUCUCCAGAUCAGAGAAAACUUUUGAGUUCUUUGCAGUAUAAUAAGAAUUUGCUAAAGUAUUUAAAUGAUGACAGGCAGAAGCAGCCGUCUUUCUGUGACUUGCUUAUCAUAGUAGAAGGAAAAGAAUUUAGUGCACACAAAGUUGUUGUUGCUGUUGGCAGUAGUUAUUUUCAUGCGUGUUUGAGCAAAAAUCCAAGCACUGAUGUUGUCACCCUGGAUCACGUAACACACUCAGUUUUUCAGCAUUUGCUUGAAUUUCUUUACACAUCAGAAUUUUUUGUGUACAAGUAUGAAAUACCUCUUGUUUUAGAGGCUGCAAAAUUUCUGGACAUUAUAGAUGCAGUUAAGCUGCUGAAUACUGAAAAUGUUGCCACUUUUCAGUCUGAGCUAACUGAAAAGUCAUCACCAGAAGAAACACUAAAUGAACUAACUGGAAGACUCUCAAAUAAUCAUCAGUGUAAAUUCUGUAGUAGACAUUUUUGUUAUAAAAAGUCUUUGGAGAAUCAUUUGGCUAAAACCCACAGGUCCCUUUUGUUAGGGAAAAAACAUGGGUUAAAAAUGCUGGAGAGAAGUUUUUCCACAAGAAGAUCAAAAAGGAAUCGGAAGUGCCCUGUUAAGUUUGAUGACACCAGUGAUGACGAACCGGAAAGUGGUGAUGGGUCAGACAAUUUGAAUCAAGACAAUUUCGAAAAGGAAAAGUCAGAUAGAAAUGAUUCUGAGGAUCCUGGAAGUGAAUAUAAUGCUGAAGAAGAGGAGCUAGAGGAGGAGAUGUCAGAUGAAUACUCUGACAUUGAAGAGCAAAGUGAAAAAGAUAAUAAUGAGGCAGAAGAGGAGCCUGAGGCUGGUGAUUCCUUAGGAAAUAUUCAUGAGGGGUUAACUCCUGUAGUCAUUCAGAACAGUAACAAAAAAAUAUUGCAGUGUCCUAAAUGUGAUAAAACUUUUGACCGAAUAGGGAAAUAUGAGAGCCACACACGUGUUCACACAGGUGAGAAGCCCUUUGAGUGUGAUAUUUGUCACCAGCGCUAUUCGACAAAGUCUAACCUAACUGUUCACAGAAAGAAGCACAGUAAUGAAACAGAAUUUCAUAAGAAGGAGCACAAGUGCCCUUACUGUAAUAAACUUCAUGCAAGCAAGAAGACUUUAGCCAAGCAUGUUAAGAGAUUUCAUCCUGAAAAUGCACAAGAAUUUAUUUCCAUUAAGAAGACUAAGAGUGAAAGUUGGAAAUGUGAUAUUUGUAAGAAAUCUUUUACUCGAAGGCCCCACUUGGAGGAACACAUGAUUCUGCAUUCUCAAGAUAAACCUUUUAAGUGUACCUAUUGUGAAGAACAUUUCAAAUCACGAUUUGCACGGUUAAAGCAUCAAGAAAAGUUCCAUCUGGGUCCUUUUCCAUGUGAUAUAUGUGGUCGUCAGUUUAAUGACACUGGAAAUUUGAAACGCCAUAUAGAAUGUACCCAUGGUGGGAAGAGAAAAUGGACUUGCUUUAUCUGUGGAAAAUCCGUACGAGAAAGAACUACUUUGAAAGAACAUUUGAGAAUCCAUAGUGGAGAAAAGCCUCAUCUUUGCAGUAUUUGUGGGCAAAGUUUUCGUCAUGGAAGCUCGUACAGACUUCACUUGCGAGUACAUCACGAUGAUAAAAGAUAUGAGUGUGACGAAUGUGGGAAAACGUUUAUACGUCAUGACCACCUCACAAAGCACAAAAAGAUACAUUCAGGUGAGAAGGCUCAUCAGUGUGAAGAAUGUGGGAAAUGUUUUGGUCGUAGAGAUCAUCUCACUGUUCAUUACAAAAGCGUACACCUUGGAGAGAAAGUGUGGCAAAAAUAUAAAGCAACUUUUCAUCAAUGUGAUGUUUGUAAGAAAAUUUUUAAAGGCAAAUCAAGUCUGGAAAUGCAUUUUCGGACGCAUUCAGGUGAAAAACCAUACAAGUGUCAAAUUUGCAAUCAAUCUUUCAGAAUUAAGAAAACUUUAACGAAACACCUGGUUAUCCAUUCCGAUGCCCGACCUUUCAACUGUCAGCACUGUAAUGCAACAUUUAAGCGGAAAGACAAGCUGAAAUACCACAUUGACCACGUGCAUGGCAUAAAAUCUCCUGACGAUCCUCUUAGUACUUCUGAGGAAAAACUGGUAUCCUUGCCAGUAGAGUACUCAUCUGAUGACAAAAUCUUUCAAACAGAAUCAAAACAAUACAUGGACCAGCCCAAAGUUUACCAGUCGGAAGCCAAGACUAUGUUACAGAACGUGUCUGCCGAAGUGUGUGUUCCAGUAACGUUGGUCCCAGUUCAGAUGCCUGAUGCUCAGAGCGACCUGGUGCGCCAUACCACCACACUUCCACCCUCUUCUCAUGAGAUCUUGUCGUCACCACCGCAAUCAACGGAUUAUCCACGAGCAGCUGAUCUCGCGUUUCUGGAAAAAUAUACUCUUACUCCUCAGCCUGCAAAUAUAGUUCAUCCAGUCCGACCUGAACAAAUGCUUGAUCCUAGAGAACAGUCUUAUCUUGGAACACUAUUGGGCCUUGAUAACACUACUGCUGUACAAAAUAUUUCUAAUAAUGAGCAUCAUUCAUGAGUAAAUCUAAACAUUCCACAGACUUUUUUGAUGGUUAUGUGCUAAUGGUAGCCUAGAGCUGAUGGCUUUUAAAUUAGUAGAGCUGCUGUUUUUUCAUUUUCUCUCAUUUCUCAAGUCCUCAGAACUAUUUCAAAUCAAGAAAAAUAUGUAUUUCUGUUUACUGAACAGAUGAAUAUUUGGACACAUUUUGCGGUAUAAUAUUUGAAGUGAACAUUUUUAAAGAUUAGUGCUAAUUUUUAAUGGUUUCUCAAACUUUUCAAAAUUAUCAGCUGUUGACAUUCUGGGUUUUCUUUUUUUCAAAAUCAUCAGUGUAAAUUUUAGUCUUUAAUCCUUUUCCUCUUUGCUUUCUUCCCCAUCUUCCAAACAUUUAAGGACCAUGUGCCCUUUAAGAAAGAAAAUAAGAGCAUACUGAUAAUUGCAGCUGUUCCUUAUCUUAAGAUUCGUUAUUAUUUCUUCUAGAUUCUUUUACAUUGAAAUUAGGAAUUUGAAUUUAUAAGACAGCCUUGGAUAUUUCUGUUUUUUUUAAUCUGGCCAUAAUUUCAAGCUAUCAUUUUCCUUUUUCUUUGGACAAACUCCAAGCCAGAAAGCUAACUAAUGUAAGAUUAGCUUGUUAAAUGUAGAAUUGAAAUAAUUAUCCAAAUGAUUGGUUUUUGCCCAUGCUUCAAAUAUUAUGAAUAAGAAAUGCAAAUAUAGAUCUAGGCAUUAAAUUACACAAGUUGAAAAUGUGUUAAAAGCAAACUAUGACAGUUUUAACUAGCUAUCUCUCAAGAUAAGUUCACCUUUUGUAUUUUGCCAUUUAUUUCAGAAACAUUAACAACAUGUCACAGCAUAUAUCUUCAUCUCACUAACGGAGGGGCACUUGUAACUAAUUAAUGAAAUUUAAUUAACAAGCUACUUUUGGUCUCAUUUACCUUGGCUAACUGAAACUCUGGGAAACAGAACCUAGAUUAUUCAUAUAUAAUUGCUAGAAAAGGUGCCAAACAAAUUAUAAAAUUUGUGUCUAGCUGAACUUAAUGUUGUUUACUUUAAUUAAAGGGAACCACUACUUGUAUACAGAUUUACAUGUAAUCCAGAUCUUUAUUUUUGCUUUUUACAUAAGCCUAAUGUCUAAUUAUCCUUGAUUUUUAUUUUUGUAUGAGGCAAAAGUUGAGGACUUGUUGAAAGGAAAUAGCAGUUACAGCAGAACCUCACUGAUUAAAAUUAAUUGAGGAGAAAGUCAAAAUUAUAAAAUACCUUUAAAGAUGUGCACUUUCCAUAUUUUCAAGUCAAUUUAAACUUAAACUAGGAUAAUUUCCUAGUAGAGCUGCUUGAAGGAUUAGAAUAGGCAGGGUUGAUUUAUUAUUAGCAUGUCAUUUGUAUGUAAACUACUGGAAAAUAGCAAUUUUAAGAGUUUUCUAUUUCCGUUUUGUUUACACUCCUAAUUGCUUUAAGCACUUUUUUUGUGUAAACUGUAAAGUCUGGCCCAGCCAUUGUGAAAAAAAAUCACAAAUAAAAUAAUGAAGUUUUAGUGAAUAAAAUUUAACCACUUAUUGGGAAACUUGUUUGCUGAAGCACUUAAGAAAUUAAGGUACUCUACAGGAGCAUUCACCAUACUAGUGGAAAUAAAACAAAAGAAAAUGUUGAGAACUGAGGCAGUUAACCAAAGUAGCAUAAUAAUAAAACCAACCUGAGUUUUGCCUCAUUUAUCAAGGUUUGGUUGUAAUUAUCCUAGGACCAGUAGCUAUAAUUAAUGUAUUAAUUUUUCUUUUUAAAGAAUUACUACUUUUGUGUGGAAAUGUUAUAUCUGGGGUACUUUCAUGAUUGAACUUGACUAUAUGAGGUACUAUUAGUCUGUUAGUCUUUCAAAUUGACUUUUAAAAAUACGUAUCUUUAUGAUUUUUAUCAUAAAGACCAAUGAGACUUUUAACUAAAAAUUUACUAUAAUGAGAAGAAAUCAUACAUGAAAAUGUACCCUGCCUUACAUGUAAGCCAAUGUAGACAAGUUUGGACUUAUAAAAAGGCAAAUGGUAUAUAUGUGUAUGUGUAUGGUAUAUUAUAUGUUUGGUAGCAGAAAAAGAGGGUGUUGCAUUUUCACAUUGAAAAGAAUACUUUGCUUCGCAGGUAUUGACGUUAGGGUUCCUUUAAUAAUAAUCUCUAAUGCUUUAAAUAUGUGAUUUGAUGGUAGGAAUUGGUUUACAGUAGAGAACUUUUCUGGAAUACAUCUCAUAUAAAGUGAAAUAUAAUUAUAUUUACUUAUUAUUGUACAUAACUUAAACUUGAAUAGUGGUUGACUGUUGCAUAAAUUGCUUUUACAGUUAUCUCACGUAAACCUCGUAGCCGGCUCUGGACUAGAACGGACGUGCUGUAUCCCCGUCUUAGAGAGGGAGUCUGGGGGGAAGAUAAAGGACUCAGUGCGGCUCGCAUCCUCGGGGGCGGAGCUGCCCUUAGGGAGAGAACACCACCUUAGUGAGUGCUUCCUUGUGCCAGGCGCGAGGCAGCACUCUCGUGUCAUUUUACACAGUCCCGGAGGCAGGUAGUGUGAUACUUAUGAAGAAAUCGUCUCAGCGAGGGUGGACACACAAAAACAUCUGCUGCCUCUAAUUUCCCGAUUAGAAUAUAAGAAAUUUUUAAAUUGUGAAAACCUCAUAGAUUUGGGCAAACUGAAUGUAUAUAUAAGUUUUUGAAGUUGGCACAAAAAAAUAUGAAGUGAGGCCUACUCUUUUCAGUUAACCUGUUUGUAAUAUUUGAUUUGGAGUAUUUUGGACAAAUGUUCCAUUACACUCUAAAAUCUAUUAUUUCUGCAGCUAUACUUAAAAUUUUGAAUCUUGCAACUAAGUUUAGCCUCAUUCAGAAUUUUUUAUUUUAUGAGCAUAAUUUAUUGUUUUAAAUUAAUUUUUUAGCUGAUAGCAGUUAGCACUUAAUAUGUAAAUUGAAUAAUUUAUCAAGUGUAGAAACUUGUUAACCUAAUCAGUUUUUACGUAACUACACCAAAGAUUUUUAGUAGGUAUUAAAUAGUUUAAAAGAAUUUAAAUUCUUUGUUGUUUGAAUACAUAUUUGUCCAAAGAAGCACAGUUGAAGUCCUAGGAUUGUGGAUUUUUACAAAAAUCGUUAGUUUGAAUACUAAAAUUAAGUAUUGUUUAUGUUAUAUGUAUAAAAAUAAGAACAGAAGAAAAUACUCUGGGAAUAGUCAUACUGACAAACCAAUUACAAGUAAGAAUACUCAGUUUUUCUCAGUUUAAUUAAUUGAAUGUUAUCUUUUAUGUGGACACUAUUAAAUGGUAAAUAAGCUUAUUUUUUACACUACUCUAUUAAAAUAAUUUUGCCUUAGAAUUUUUUUUAAGACACAUUGAAGUUGUUUUUGUGAGAAACCCUACCUAUUUUUUGCAGCCUAAAAUACCAUUUUAAGGUUAGGGUUUGUUUUUGAUGCCAGCAAGAUUUAACCAACAACAGUAAAGGUAGCGACUUUUGCAUACUUUUGAGUAAUUUAGUCGUUUAUUGCCGGGAGAAGAGAAGUAUCAGGAAGAGGGUUUUAAACUGGUGCUUUAUUUGAGUAACUUCCCUUUAAGUGAUGGUAGGUCGUGCGAUAGGUACGCUAAUAAUUUUCUGUCAACCUUAAAAGUGUCAAAACAUCUUUGCAGAGUGACUAUAAACUGUUAGUUAAGGGCUAAUAAGUAAUUAAAUAUCAUUCAUUGCUUUUGAGUCUAUAAUUGCAAAUAAAUUAAAAACACAGUUAAACUGGUAUGUUUCUAAGUUUGAGUUUUCUUUCUACCAGAUCAUUCUAACAUGUCGUUGACGAAAAGUCCGAUGUGGAGCAUUAGCUCUUUGACAGUGUCCUUUGACAUAAACCCAGUCUCUUCUGGAUUGAAUGCUUUGUGCCUUUUCAAUGUGUUGUAGUUGCUUAGAGUUGAUUCUGCUGGCUAGACUGUACUGGUUAAUAAACGAUUUUGAUUUUUUUGUUGUUGUUAUGGGUCUUAUGUUUGUGUGGCCUGCUGGUCAGGCAACACUUUUUUUUUAGGUUGAUUUGUGUUUAUGUAGGGCAAUUGGCACUAAGUACUCAUGUGAACAUUGUUUUUGUUAAAAAUCUCUAUUGUGGCCUUUAUUGUUACCGUGAAGCCACUCCUGGGCCUGUCUCUAGAGGUUUAUUAGAGGAAUCUGGCAAAUAAAAUGAGUCGUGUGUCUGCCUCUGUCUCCUCCUCUCACCACUCCCCCCUUUUAUUUUUGAUAAUCAGUCCCCAUAACCACGCAGCUCUACACCGAUGGCUCCUUAUUUCAGUUUGCCUAAAGCUGAGCAAGAGGUGGUAGUUUGAGAUGAGGUUCCCUUUAGGAGCAGCAACAUCCCAGCCAAGGUACAACUUGAGUUGGUGAACUCAGGAAAAAUUACGACUUUCCAAGUCAUAUUUGGAUUAUUCUAAGAUUUCAGUGCCAAAUUUAAAAUGACUGAAAAUGUAUUCUUUGCUGUGGAGCAAGUAGCAUUUCUAAAACUUCAAAUGGUAUUAUGGUAAAUGUUACUUGCUAUUAGAGUGAAUAAUGGAUAAUGUGAGAAUAAUUUUCUAAACAGUUUCUAGGAACUAUAGACAAUUCUUAGAUCCUCCCCUUUCUUUUGCACAUUCCUCUCUUGGUAAAAUCUAUAGUGGCUUUUUUUGGGGGGGAUCUCCCCCUUGUUUCUUCUAAAGUUAUCUUUUAUUUUAUUAUGAUAUACUUUUAUCAUAGAAUAUCAGCAUGCUUUCCACUCUUCCUCUCUGAAAGUAGCAUUAGUAAGAUAGAAGUAAUAGGAUUAGGUUGUGUGGAAGAUGAGAGAAAGAAGAUUUUGGUAGAGCGAGUGCCUAUGUUUUGUUUACUCUACUCUUCAUGUUUCAACUUGCCGUGUAUUAAUCUUAAAUCUAUGACUCUUGAAAAAUCCCCAAAUGAUUUAAACUUAGCCUCUGCAGCCACGUCCAUAAAGAGAAGUUAAGAAUUGUAUUCAGAGAAUAGAGGUUAUACAAAGAUGGACAUACCUUUUUUUUUCCCCCCAAAUUCUUAGGUACAGAAGUAAUUUCAGUGUUUGCGUUACUGUUGGAGAUUCUAAAGCAUUUCUUGAAUGAAGAGCAUGUACACUUCUCAUUGUUAUUGCACCUCUUUGCUUGAUAUUCCUGCUUGCGUAAAGUGUACUGUGGUGUAAUUACAAAAUUUUUAUUCCUUCCAACAAUUGGAUUUUUCUCAUCCCUAUAUAUAACACUGUAUUACAAUUCAUGAAUGUGGCUGCCAAAAAAUGAGUACGGAGGGGGGCGUUUAGCUGCUCGACGUUGUGAAGUGAAUGUUCUGGUUAAGGGGAUUUAUGAUGUACAUUGAAAUGGAAAUGCUUUUGAACUUGGUUUUCAGUCUCAAAUCAUAAUUUUUUGUUUUUAAGGACACUUUUAAAAGCAAUUACAAAGAAAAAUCUAAAAUAUCAAAAUUCAUUAUUUUGUCAACUGUGUGUAAAGUAUCUUGUGAGUUUUAUAGAUAUUUUGGCUGUCUCGUGUUUCUUAAGUACAAAUGUCUUUAUAGAAAAAUUCAUUUCUCUGUGAAGAGUAGGAAGUAUAUUGUAUACUGAACUAGUUCUUUGUGUUAUUUUGAUAUUUAAAAUAAAUAUAAAGUUCUUUGGUCCUAA